AUGUUCUUGGAAUGGUUUGAGGCUAAUAAGACAUUCCCAGAGGCAAGAAAGAUGACUUAUGCUGAGAUGCCAACGAAAUUUGUGUGGAAGAAACAACUACGAAAAUGGCAGCCAAGGAAAAAAGGAUUCGCAAUAGGAAGGAUUUUUUACGUCCCACCUGCCACUGGGGAAAUUUUUUAUUUAAGAUGUUUGUUGAAUAAAGUUCGUGGUCCUACAUCUUUUGCUGAUAUAAAAAUUGUGAAUGGUGUGCAAUAUGAUUCAUUCCGAGAUGUGUGUUAUACUAGAGGCUUAGUUGAUGAUGACAAAGAAUAUAUAGACGCAAUAGAGGAAGCAAGUCAGUGGGCUUCUGGAGAUAAGUUGAGGAGAUUAUUUGUUACACUAUUAAUGACCAGCUGUACAGGUAAACCUGAAGCUGUGUGGGAUGCCGUGUGGCAACAUUUGUCUGAAGAUGCACAAUAUCAAGUUCGGAAACAAUUGCAAAAUUCAGAUUCUGUGUUGAAUGACUCUCGGAAGAUGAAUUUUGCUUUGGUUGAGAUUGAAAAAUUAUUAUCAAUGAUGGGAAAGAGUCUUAGGGACUUUCCAGAAAUGCCAGUUGCAGAUUUUGAGAAUUAUAAUGUAAUAUCAAAUAGGUUGAUACAAGAAGAAUUGACAUAUGAUCGUGUUGCUCAGGAGAAAGAGAAUAAUGAAUUGGUUAGUCAACUGACAGAUGAGCAAAAGGUAAUAUACGAGGAGGUGUUAACAGAUAUUGAAAGCAAAGCUGGUGGAUUUUUCUUCGUUUAUGGAUAUGCUGGUACUGGUGGUCGGACAGCACAUUCUAGGUUAGCAAUACAUAUAUCUGUUAAUGAAGAUUCCACUUGCAACAUAAGACAAGGCACCCCGUUGGCUGAGCUUAUUAUGCAAAGCAAGUUGAUAAUAUGGGAUGAAGCUCCAAUGAUGCACAAGUUCUGCUUUGAAGCCUUAGACAGAACUAUGCGUGAUUUAUUGCGCUCCACAAAUCCAAGAAGCUGUGAAAUGACAUUUGGUGGUAAAACAGUUGUUUUAGGUGGCGAUUUUAGACAAAUUCUUCCGGUUAUUCCAAAGGGCACAAGGCAAGAUAUUGUUGGAUCGAGCAUAAAUUCCUCAUACCUUUGGAGAUCAUGCAAAGUAUUUAGGCUAACAAAAAAUCUACGCCUAAGAAGUGUAAAAUCGCGACUAGAGGCCAACGGGAUUGAAGAGUUUGCAAACUGGAUAGCAGAUAUAGGUGACAGGAAAAUUGGGAAUACAAUGGAUGGUGACGCAGAGAUAACAAUUCCAGAUAAGUUUCUGCUUAAAUGUGAUGAUGAUACUAUUUCUACGAUUGUUGAUAGCAUUUUCCCGUUGUUUAGAAGCGCUAAUGGUGAUUUAUCAUACCUUAAGGAUAGUGCCAUAUUGGCUCCAACAUUGGAUGUGGUAGAUAUCAUUAACCAAUACAUGAAUGAUCAAAAUCCAUGUGAGUGUAGGACUUAUUUGAGUUGUGAUUCAGUUUGCAAGUCAGAUUCUAAUGCAGAUAUGUUAGCGGAUUUGCAAACUCCAGAAUUCUUGAAUGGUCUGCGGUGUUCUGGUGUACCUAAUCAUGCAUUGACUUUGAAAAUUGGGUCACCCGUUAUGCUCUUGAGAAAUAUUGAUCACACUCUUGGCUUAUGCAAUGGUACAAGAUUGAUUGUAACAAGGUUAGCUGAUCACGUGUUGGAAGCAAAAAUAAUGGGCGGUACAAAUGCAGGUCGCGCAGGCAUGACAAUGAUGUAA